GUUUCCGCGCAGGCGCAGUGCGGUCACGGUUGUGUUCCGGGCUCGGCCAGUUCAUACAGUUUUUCCAAAAAUAAUCACCUUUGUUUACAUUUUCUUCUUCUUUUCUCACACAUUUGUCGCACGGACCGCGGAGAGGGGGAAGCCUUGGGGUGUUCGGCACCGACAGCACGUCAGCAAAGAUGAACUUCUUCAGAGGCGUGAUGGGCGGACAGGCAGCCGGGCCGCAGCCGUCCGGAGCGGAGACGAUCCACAAGCUUUGCGACAGGGUGGCCUCCUCAACACUGCUAGAGGACCGCAGAGAUGCAGUCCGCGCGCUGAAGUCCCUCUCCAAGAAAUAUCGCAUGGAGGUUGGCACUCAGGCGAUGGACCACUUGAUUAACAUACUGCAAACAGACAGGUCUGAUUCCGAGAUCCUCGGUUAUGCUUUGGACACACUAUACAAUAUCAUCUGCAAUGAUGAGGAGGAAGAACAAGAUGAAUCAGAAGACGCAGUAACCCCUCUCCCUGUCUCAGGGAAGCAUAAGAAUGUGUCCAUGCCUGAUGAGAAUUCACAGAAGCAGGCAGACGACCUGGGCGCUCAGUUUACAGAAAUGUUCAUCCAGGACCCUGAGCAUGUGACCCUGCUCCUCGCUCUGUUAGAGGAGUUUGACUUCCACGUGCGUUGGCCUGCUGUGAAGCUGUUGACUGCUCUCCUGAAGAAUCAGGGUGUCCAGCUCCAGGGCGUCAUUCUGGUCAGCCCCAUGGGCGUUUCCAGAUUGAUGGACCUUUUGGGGGACUCUAGAGAAGUAAUUCGCAAUGACGGACUGCUGUUGCUUCAGCAGCUGACCAAAAGCAAUGCUGCCAUUCAGAAAAUUGUGGCAUUUGAGAACGCAUUUGAGCGUCUCUUAGAUAUUAUCACAGAAGAGGGCAGCAGUGAUGGAGGUAUUGUGGUGGAGGACUGUUUGCUGCUGCUGCUCAACCUGCUAAAGAACAACAGUUCCAACCAGAAUUUCUUCAAGGAGGGCUCCUACAUCCAGAGAAUGAAGCCCUGGUUCGAGGUCAGUGACGAUAACUCUGGCUGGUCUGCACAAAAGGUCACCAACCUCCACCUUAUGCUGCAGCUGGUGCGAGUCAUGGUGUCUCCAGUAAACUCUCCUGGAGCCACAGCCAGUUGUCAGAAGUCCAUGUACCAGUGUGGCCUGCUGCAGCAGUUGUGUACCAUCCUCAUGGCCACUGGUGUGCCUGCGGACAUCCUCACGGAGACCAUCAACACUGUGUCAGAGGUCAUUAGAGGCUCACAGGUCAACCAGGACUACUUUGCUUCUGUCAAUGCUCCUUCAAACCCACCAAGACCAGCUAUCGUGGUCCUGCUCAUGUCCAUGGUGAACGAGAGACAACCCUUUGUACUUCGCUGUGCAGUCCUCUACUGUUUCCAGUGUUUCCUCUACAAAAACCAGAAAGGCCAGGGGGAGAUAGUGGCCACACUGCUGCCUUCCACCAUUGAUGCCAACUCCAUCUCGGCGGGCCAGCUCCUGUGCGGAGGUCUGUUCUCAGCAGACUCCCUGUCCAACUGGUGUGCUGCUGUGGCCCUGGCUCACGCCCUGCAGGACAACCUCACCCAGAAGGAGCAGCUGCUGAGGGUUCAACUCGCCACCAGCUUGGGCAAACCCCCCGUCUCUCUGCUGCAGCAGUGCACCAACAUCCUCUCCCAGGGAGAUAAGAUCGUCCGGCGGGGCAGUAAGGUACAGACGAGGGUGGGCCUCCUCAUGCUGCUGUGCACGUGGAUCAGCAACUGUCCGAUUGCCGUCACGCACUUUCUACACAACCAGGAAAAUGUUCCCUUCCUCACAGCUCAGAUCUCGGAGAACCUGGGAGAGGACGAAAGGCUGGUUCAGGGCCUGUGUGCGCUGCUUCUCGGCAUAUGCAUCUAUUACAACGACAACUCGCUGGAGAACUACACAAAAGAGAAGCUAAAACAGCUGAUCGAGAAGCGCAUUGGGAAGGAAAACUUUGUGGAGAAACUGGGCUUCAUCACCAAACACGAGCUGUACUCGCGGGCGGCCCAGAAGCCGCAGCCCGUCUUCCCGUCUCCGGAACAGAUGUUGUUUGACCACGAGUUCACCAAGCUGGUCAAAGAACUGGAGGGUGUUAUCACCAAAGCUGUUCACAAAUCCAGUGAGGAGGAGAAAAAGGAAGAGGAGGUGAAGAAGACAUUAGAGCAGCAUGACAACAUUGUAACUCAGUACAAAGAGCUGAUCAGAGAACAGGACGCUCAGAUCCAGGAGCUCAAAGAGCAGGUAGCAUCCAUGUCAUCUCAGAACGAAGUGAUGCAGACUACCGUCACCCAGCAGCUGUCCCAGAUCCAGCAGCACAAAGACCAGUACAACAUCCUCAAGCUAAAAUUAGGUAAAGACAACCAGAGUCAGUCGAACGGCCAGGGAGACGUCUCUCAGGUGAACGGGCUGCAGACAGAGGAGCUGACGCAGCUCAGAGAGGAGGUGGAGGAGCUCCGCAAGCAGCACACACUCCUUCAGACUCUGCUCGGGGACAAAGACACACUCAUCGACACUCUGAGGUCAGAGGCAUCACAGGCGGCGGAGGUUUCAGCAGGAGGAUCAGAAAACGAAGAACUACUCAAGGAGCUGGAGGCUUUGAGGAGUCAGGUUCAGUCGCAGUCGGCGGAAAUCAACCAGCUGAGCACAGAGAGACAAGAACUACUCAGAAGAGCUGAAGCAGGAUCCUCGGAUGUAGUCCCCAGCACUGACGGCACCAUAGACGCAGCCAAGAUGGCAGAGCUAGAGAGCAGACUUUCAGCACAGACGACUGAAAAGGAGAGACUCAAGGAGGAGACAAAGAGCUUGUCGGAGAGCCGGGCAGACCUUGAGCAGCAGUUGGCGUCAGCCACCAGCACAGUGGCCAUCCUGCAGACAGAGAAAACCAAGCUGCAGACGGAGGUUCAGGAGUCCAAGAAGGAGCAGGAUGACCUGCUGAUGCUGCUGGCAGACCAGGACCAGAAGAUCCACAGCCUCAAACUGAGACUCAAAGGCCUGGGAGAAACGGUUGAAGAUGAAGACGACCUCGAUGCCAGGGACCAAACGGACGACGACGAUGAGGAGGAUGAAGACGAGGACUAAAGGACAACACUGUAAGAAGGAGAAGGAGAAGAAGAGAUGGAAAUAUGUCUGCCUGCAGGCAAGAAAAGACUUUACAAAAAAACACGUGAGGAACCCAAGAAUAGGACUAAUAUAUUGAAGGAGUUUCUUUUUCCAGUUGCCAUGCGAUCUUCACUUUUCUUUACCCACCAUCUCCACUUCCAGCAAUACAUCACACAUUUGUUAGUUAUUUGGACAUUUGAUUGUUCAAGAUAAGUUUUCAGUUUUCAGUGACAGCUAAAAGAUUUGAACAUUUCAGUGCAUUCAUCUCACCAUGCUACUCUUGCCAUCAUCAGUUUGUGAUGGAUUUUACCCGUCUUGUGUUUAUUGUAAGGUGUUUGUGAUCAUACACAAAUAAAACUUAAAAGAACUCUAGGUUAAUUUUAAUAUCUGGAACAAUUUGAAAAUGUAGCAAGAAUCCAUCUAUGAACAGAUUUGAUAUUAUUCUCAUUUUAUCAUAAAGAUGCCAGUGAGCUGGGCAGGCUUUCCCCAAAUCUCGCACUCCUGCUCUCACCAGACAUUCGAUGCACUAGAGUCGCGUGCAACAUGUCACUGUGCUGCGCCUUGGGACUCAUCUGCCUUCAUAACCGAGUCAGUUCGAGUUUGGUGUUACAGUAUUUCAAGACACCUGAGUUGUUCCAUUUUGACGACACCGACACGACUGCUCUGCAACAUGCUGCGAAAACACUGAGGGAAAAGAUGUAAAGACAAAAAAGAUAUUUUUGCAACUUUUUGUCCAGUACUGGCAUCCAGCUUCUGUAUGAUAUUGUGUAACUUAUCAAUUUAUGAGCCACGUGGAAAUAAAUAAAGAAUCUAUCAGUCUGUAUGCCUGUAUGGAGAAAUAAUUGUAGAUAAAUUAAAUUUUACUAAAUCCA